CACUUCGGGACACACCGAGGAAGAGAGAAGCGGCUUCACUUCAUUCACCACUAAAACAGAAUGGCGUCCAUGCUGAUGAAUUCUCUGAGGACCUGCCCGGGUAACUCCUCCAGGGCUCUUCAGUUCGCUGCGCGUUCCCUCAGCACAACAGCUCCACUGCAGGCACAAGCAAAAAGUAAGAAGACUCUCGCAAAGCCUGGGGUAAAGAACAUUGUUCUAGUCGAUGGCGUUCGUACACCAUUCCUGCAAUCUGGCACAACAUAUUCUGAUCUGAUGCCUCAUGAUCUGGCCAGAGCUGCGUUACAAGGUCUGCUGACCAGAACCGGGCUCCCUAAAGAUGCAGUGGAUUACAUCGUGUAUGGAACCGUCAUUCAGGAAGUAAAGACCAGCAAUGUGGCCAGAGAGGCUGCACUGGGUGCUGGAUUCUCUGAUAAGAUUCCUGCUCACACUGUCACAAUGGCCUGCAUUUCCUCUAAUCAAGCCAUGACUACAGCCGUGGGGCUUAUCGCCGCUGGUCAGUGUGACGCAGUUGUCGCUGGUGGAGUGGAGUUCAUGUCAGACGUCCCGAUCCGUCACAGCCGCAAAAUGAGGAAGACAAUGCUCUCUCUGAACAAAGCCAAGACCCUCGGAGCCAGACUGUCUCUGCUCGGAUCCAUCCGGCUGGCUCACCUUGCCCCUGAGCUUCCUGCUGUGGCUGAGUUCUCCACAGCAGAAACCAUGGGUCACUCCGCCGACCGCCUGGCCGCUGCGUUUGGAAUUUCUCGGCUCGAGCAGGACGAGUUUGCGCUGCGCUCCCACUCUCUGGCUCAGAAAGCACAGGACGAGGGGCUGCUCAGUGACAUCAUCAGUUUUAAAGUACCAGGAAAGGACAUCAUCUCCAAAGAUAAUGGCAUUCGACUCAGCACCAUGGAUAAGCUGGCUAAACUGAAACCCGCUUUCAUCAAACCUCAUGGCACCGUCACUGCUGCCAACUCAUCUUACCUGACUGAUGGUGCCUCUGCAGUGCUGAUAAUGUCUGAAGAGAAAGCACUUGCUAUGGGUUACAAGCCCAAAGCAUAUCUCAGAGACUUUGUGUACGUGUCUCAGGACCCUAAAGACCAGCUUUUGCUCGGCCCAACCUAUGCAACUCCAAAAGUACUGGAGAGGAGCGGCCUUACAAUGGCUGACAUCGACGUGUUCGAGUUCCACGAGGCUUUUGCUGGUCAGAUCAUGGCUAAUUUGAAGGCCAUGGACUCAGACUGGUUUGCUCAGAACUACAUGGGAAGGAAAGCAAAGGUUGGUGCACCUUCCAUGGAGAAGUUCAACCUGUGGGGCGGAUCACUUUCCAUCGGACAUCCUUUCGGAGCCACCGGCUGCCGCCUGGUUACCACUGUGGCGCACCGGCUCAAGAAGGAGGGAGGGCAGUACGGUCUAGUGGCAGCAUGCGCUGCAGGAGGACAGGGCCAUGCCAUGGUGAUUGAAGCGUAUCCCCAAUAGGUCUUUACAAAGUGCUUGGACAUAGUUUGUACCGUACACACACACAAAACAAAACAAACAACAACAUGUAAAUAAUAACAGAAUGCCUUGAGCUGGAAAGCACUUGUGAAUGUUAGCUGAACGUACAGGCAGGUGUACAGUAGAUGAGGAAUAUAACAUGCUAAGAUCUUUAUCUCAUCAUGGUUUAGAAUAAUGCAUGUUGAUCACAGCUCGUACCAUCUCUUAUAAGUAAAUCUAGAGGCUGCAGUACUGACUCCGCUCUGAAAACACUGGGUCUUUGAGUCCAGUUGAUUUAUGUUUUCAGGAUCAUUAUUAUUUUAGGAUAUGUUUUGACAGAAAGCAGCUAAUGUAAACACUCACCCAGAAGCAUCUAUAUGGACAUUUACUUUCAUUGUGUCUUUUUUGUAAUGAUAUUGUCAAAUAAAAUAAAUAAGUUAACACUA